UGUGCCGCCGUGUUGUCACAAGCUUAGCUUCAGACCUGUAGUGAUUUUUGAGUAUUAUAGUCAUCAUGAAGGCUCUUAGGGGAAUGGUGAGUGGAGCUGUCAGCGAAAUAUCAUCUGCGGUUACCGGGACCAAACACGUCGCCGUUCGGGAAAAUGUCCUUGCCGUGACUCGUGACUACAUUUCUCAGCCGAGAUUGACGUAUAAAACCGUGGCUGGUGUUAAUGGACCCCUGGUGAUUUUGGAUCAAGUGAAGUUCCCCAGGUAUGCUGAGAUCGUCCAUCUGACGCUCCCUGAUGGCACCAAGAGGAGCGGACAAGUGCUGGAGGUCACGGGCUCCAAAGCUGUGGUUCAGGUGUUUGAGGGAACAUCUGGUAUUGAUGCCAAAAAAACCACAUGUGAAUUUACAGGGGACAUUUUGCGUACACCUGUGUCCGAGGAUAUGCUGGGUCGUGUGUUCAACGGAUCAGGAAAGCCGAUUGAUCGAGGGCCUACAGUGUUGGCGGAGGACUACUUAGACAUCAUGGGUCAGCCGAUUAAUCCUCAGUGUCGUAUUUAUCCUGAGGAAAUGAUCCAGACCGGCAUCUCUGCCAUUGAUGGCAUGAACAGUAUUGCCAGAGGACAAAAAAUUCCCAUUUUCUCUGCGGCUGGUCUACCCCACAAUGAGAUUGCUGCACAGAUCUGUCGUCAGGCGGGAUUGGUGAAGAAAUCCAAAGAUGUGAUGGAUUACAGUGAGGAUAACUUUGCCAUUGUGUUUGCUGCCAUGGGGGUCAACAUGGAGACUGCAAGAUUUUUUAAGUCCGAUUUUGAAGAGAACGGGUCCAUGGACAACGUGUGCCUCUUUUUAAAUUUGGCCAAUGAUCCCACGAUUGAACGCAUCAUCACCCCUCGGCUUGCACUGACCGCAGCUGAGUUUCUGGCUUACCAGUGUGAGAAACACGUACUGGUCAUAUUGACUGACAUGAGCUCUUACGCCGAGGCUUUACGAGAGGUCUCUGCGGCUAGAGAAGAGGUUCCUGGUCGACGUGGUUUCCCAGGUUACAUGUACACCGAUCUGGCCACGAUAUACGAGAGGGCCGGACGUGUGGAGGGACGCAAUGGCUCCAUCACCCAAAUCCCAAUCCUCACUAUGCCCAACGAUGAUAUUACCCAUCCUAUUCCGGAUUUAACUGGCUACAUCACUGAGGGUCAAAUUUAUGUGGACAGACAGCUUCAUAACAGACAGAUCUAUCCUCCUAUCAAUGUACUACCUUCUUUGUCUCGAUUGAUGAAAUCAGCCAUUGGCGAGGGAAUGACACGCAAAGACCACUCAGAUGUUUCUAAUCAGUUGUAUGCUUGCUAUGCUAUCGGGAAAGAUGUGCAAGCAAUGAAGGCCGUGGUUGGGGAAGAAGCACUGACAUCGGAUGAUUUGUUGUACUUGGAGUUCUUACAGAAAUUUGAGAAGAACUUUAUUGCACAGGGUGCAUAUGAGAAUCGAACUGUGUUCGAAACAUUGGACAUUGGCUGGCAGCUCUUGAGAAUCUUCCCCAAAGAGAUGCUGAAGAGGAUUCCUCAGAGCACUCUGGCUGAGUUUUAUCCCCGAGACUCCAAACAUUAGUCUUGCUUUUUUCCUUGUUCAUUCACUCUGUCGUUCAAUCAGCUAUGAAUCUGUCUUCUACACUUUUAGAUGUUACUCAAUCUCUCUGAUCAAGUACACCAAGUCUACACUGACGGAUUACAAAGUUGUUUUUCAUUGCUGCUCUUGGUAUUUAUUUAUUGUGAAAGUUUAGCUAAUUAGUAAAGAAAAUAUUGUAUGAAUAUUGUCGCUACACUAUAGUGUGAACGUUCUUUAGUGUGUAGCUCAGUGUGUCAAACAGUGCUCUGAC